CUCUUUUCAUCCUCCUGCUGCUUUUGCUGCCUCCUUUUCCCCGUGACCUUAGCAUAUAUUUGGAAAAAAUCAAAGCUUUGCAAGAAGAGCUAUCUGCUAUCCAGCAUGGUGGCCAUGAAGUCUUUGAAGAGCAUAUGGUGGAUCUCGAAGAAGAACGUAGCAAGGAAAUCAAAAGGGCACAGCUACUUAUAGAGUACCGAGUACAGUGUGCCGAAAAGCUGUAUAAUGAUGCUUUACGUGCUGUUGAAGCGGAAGCUGAGGUGGAGAGGCGCGAUUUGAAAAAGGCCAUGCUGUUCAUCAUCGAUGAAAAGAGAAAGCGGAUAAAGGAGCACAGAGAUGAAGAAGCGAUCGUAUCAAACGAUUUCGUUGUCGCAGCUCCACAAACACGUAACCGACGUCGGAUACGAGGUGUUGCCGCCGCCACAGUCGCUGCGAAUAUUACUGAUGGCAGCCUGUCACUUGAACAGCUCUUGUCUGUAAACAAGAAUGGCGUCAAGACAACAAAACGACGAAACCAUGAUCAUAUCCUUUUACUUUUAUGUAGAGCACCUGUACAAACGCAUUCCACUGCUCAUUUACUACUACUCGAAUCUAUCAUUCUUUGACUCGUUUCUUCCUCUAUAGUACGCUCGAGAGAAUUAGCAGGUCUAGGUCAUGUAUUAUCAGCAAGAAACGAAGCCGAGAUCGAAGCUGAUUAUAAUGCGAUGCGUCAGGAUCCUCCUCAAGAAACUAACAACACCAAAUCAUCACCACUAUCGGAGGACGAUGACGAUGAUGACGAUGACGACGAGUAUUUGGAGGACGAGCAAGACGUAUCAUCGCCAAAACGAGCACGAACAGCACAGCACUAUUACCAAAGCAGCAGCACAUACCAACGUUCAUC